UAGAUGGCUGCGGGAAGACAGAGAACCCCAAGUUCAGAAUGACAUCCUGGUACUAUAGAUCCAUGAAGUGGCUAAUGGAUUGAUAGCAAGAAGGUCGAACAUUGCAGUUUUGCAUACCUGAUCAUGGACGAAGGUCACAAAUACACCUACGUCGCCUGCGAUGCCGCCGCUGCAACAGAUACCUAUUACAUCACUCCAGAAGUCCCGGCAUUGACAAAAACCGUUUCACAAACGACAUCGCCAAGUGAGACAUCGAAAGCUUCCAGCGACAUAACAGCUGUCACAGAGACAAGCACCACCUCGUCGGGAAGCGCCACAGAAGCCACUGCCGAGGUCUCUGAUGACAAUCGAUCUGAAUCGAGGAGUAACACGGGUGCAAUAGUCGGCGGUGUCGUUGGGGGCCUGACUGUGGUUUGCGGAACUGCUGUUGCGGUUAUAUAUCUACUUCGAAAGAGUCGUGCGCAGAAGCCAGAGACGACGCCAGAGACGGGGCAGGAGAUGACCGAAGCACCGGGUCAGACAGAAACGGAUAAUGGACCCAAGGAGUUGGUUGGAUCGAAGCCCUCUGAUGUUCCAGCGGACCGUCAAACAGCCGAGUUACAAGGAACACUCGCUCCUCGUCGGCCUGAUCCCGUGGAACUACCCUAAGACGGAGUGACACGAGAGUGCCGAAAGAUCAGUGACCACAGAAGACAAUUCGAACUGAUUCUCAGAACGACGAAAGAUUCCUCGUGUUGAUAGUUUGCAUUCAAGGUAGGAAGAGUGAUAUUAGGGUCUUUACUUGGCAUGACAGCUUCUCAGUUCUGUAAACCUAAUACAGUUGAGAUGAGCUCACACGAUGUUCUUCUUG